AUGAUAGUGCAACAGAAUGGAGUACGACACUGCACCUACUCAGCAUCAAGGAAAAACCUGUAUAUUAACAAAAAUACAAAAGUUAUCUGUCAGGGUUUUACAGGCAAACAGGGCACCUUUCACAGCCAGCAGGCAUUGGACUAUGGUACCAAUUUAGUUGGAGGAAUUUCUCCAGGGAAAGGGGGAAAAACUCAUCUGGGUCUGCCUGUGUUUAAUUCUGUGAAGGAGGCCAAAGAACAAACUGGUGCUUCUGCCACUGUUAUAUAUGUACCUCCUCCGUUUGCUGCUGCUGCGAUCAAUGAAGCACUCGAUGCAGAAAUGCCCUUAGUUGUGUGCAUUACUGAAGGUAUUCCCCAGCAGGAUAUGGUUCGGGUUAAACACAGACUGCUUCGGCAGGAUAAGACUCGACUAGUGGGCCCAAACUGCCCUGGAGUCAUCAAUCCUGGAGAAUGUAAAAUUGGUAUCAUGCCUGGUCACAUUCACAAGAAGGGAAGAAUUGGUAUUGUGUCAAGAUCUGGAACCCUGACAUAUGAAGCUGUUCAUCAGACAACACAAGUUGGAUUGGGGCAAUCUUUCUGCAUUGGGAUUGGAGGUGAUCCUUUCAAUGGAACUAAUUUUAUUGACUGCCUUGAUGUCUUCCUGAAAGAUCCUCAUACUGAGGGGAUCAUAUUGAUUGGGGAAAUUGGAGGAAAUGCUGAAGAAGAUGCAGCAGCAUUCUUGAAAGAAAAUAAUACUGGCCCAAAUGCCAAGCCAGUAGUGUCAUUCAUAGCUGGUCUGACUGCUCCUCCAGGCAGGCGGAUGGGUCACGCUGGAGCAAUCAUUGCUGGUGGAAAGGGUGGAGCUAAGGAGAAGAUAGCAGCUCUUCAGAGUGCUGGUGUUGUUGUCAGCAUGUCUCCUGCUCAGCUAGGCAGCACCAUCUACAAGGAGUUUGAGAAAAGGAAGUUGCUGUAAGAGAAGACACUUUGGAAUACUGUCUCCAAAACAUCAGUGCAGCACCUGGCCUCUGCUUAUCUUUUGUCUGCUGAUCUUCGGUUGCCCAAAUGACUGACACUAGUCUUUUGAAUUUGACUUGGAAGCCAUAAACCUCCUGGCUAAACCUGUUUUGAUGUCUCCUUGGUUCAGACAUGAUCACCUCAUUGUAAAUCACAGCAAAUUAAUAAAUCUACUACUAAAUCUGAUGCAUCUUUUGAAUUCCUGAAGCACAGCCAUUUCUUCAACCACCAUAAACAAAACAAUCAGCCUUGAAGGUCUGAAUCUUUUGUAACUUAAGCACUGCCCAUUUUAAGGUAAAGUCGCUUAUAGAGCUGCUUCUAAGGAUCAAGGCACUGACUUUAUGCACAUAUCACACUUCACUUUAUUUUUAAAAAAUCCAGUCUUACUUGUUUGUUUCAGGUGUGUUUGUUUGAACAAUAGGCCAAAGUUUCCGUCCCUUAAACCAAAGCUGCUGGAUCUGAAGGGGUUACUUAUUGAUCCACGUAGCUGGAUAUGCCUGAAGUCCAGACUUUCUUUUCAAGGCUGAUGAGCCAUGCACAGUGUGGUCCUCUACUGUCAAGGAAUUCCGUUUGUUGGGUGGAGAGAUGGAAUUUUUAUUCACAAAAAUGAAUCUAAUUUCCCAUGCAAAUAUAUAUUAAAAAUUGUAACUAUGAAAGUGAUUUGGUCUUUAGCUUGCAUUACCUUAAUUUCCUCUUUAUUGUAACUAUGAUUGCAUUGCUUCUGUGUUCUGAAAUCUUAAUAACAUUGGGACAUAAUGAAGGAGAAUUAUUAUUCUCUGGAAAAGAAUGUAAUAAGGCAUCUUUCUUGUUAACCACUCCCAGCACUGUAUUAGAAAGCCCUUUUUUUUUUUACCUUGAAAGUAGCCCAAGCACUGUGCCUAUAAAUGAGUGUUAUGAGUUUUAUCAAGAUGAACUAAAACCAAGAUUGCUUUCUUUAUAUAGAGGACUGAAAGUUCAUGUAACCUGGCACUUGUCUAAAGCUAACCUUGUGUUGCAUAAAGGUGCUGUUACAAAAACUCGUGUCUGUUAUUUGUUUAAAACUGAUCUUAAGUUUUCUUACUCAAAUGCCUGUGGAAUUUCUCUUCCUAAUGCAAGCAGUGAGCAGGUGUCUUGAUGUUGACAUUUACAGUUCCUAGAGCUAAGCCCUGAUGAAAUGCUUCAAAGGACAGGUCCUAUCUCUGCUGCACUGAAUGUGUAUUAAUGUACCUCAUACAUGGUCAGGCACCAGUCAGAUGAUACAGGUCUUAGGCCACAGAGACCAGAUGUUGUAUUAUUCACCUUGGUAUGAUUUACUAAAAUGAACCUGACAUCCUGUCACUAGACACUGGCCACCCCAGUACUGAGUGGUCAAUCAUUUGAUAAAGCCUAUGAUGACAGAUAAGUAUUUUCUUACUACAUCUGCUCAGUUUCUGGUGGUGCCUGAUUUAAUCUGGAGUGAAAAACUGAAUGGUGCCCUUUAAAUAGAGACAGACCAGCGCUAACGUGUCUCAGUCUGUGUAAGAGUGCAGUCCUUCACCAGUGAAUGUCAGGAUAUUGCAGGUUGUCUUCUUAUAAACUUGCUAAUCAAAGUAACUCAUCGUAGUGGUGGACUUCUCCACAACA